AUGGCGCCUGCAAUGAAGAUGACCCAUGCUACUGAAGCUCGCAGCCUCCAAAAACAGUCACCAAACACAGUGCCGCCCCCCCGGCUCUCAGUAUCCCUCGAGCAGCUUCCCACCGACUUCUCGUUCUCACUGUAUCUCUCACCUAGGGACCUGUCAAUCUCAGCAUCACCCUUCCUCAUCACAAACAAUGAUGCGGCCCUGCCUGAUUCACACAUCAUUCUCCUUGCAUUGAAUGAAGAGUGCAGGAUCCUGCGCAGAGGCGCGUUUUACCAUCUUCCUUUACGCUCGGAUGUGACCAAGGGGCACCCGUGCGACAUCGUCUUUGUGGACGAGACCUGGGGUGACAAAGGCAAUGCGGUGUGGGAUGCGAGCAAUUGGAAGCAGAGAUUGGAUAUGUGUGAUGCGACCCGGAAGAUGCGAGACACAGAAACGGUCAUCGCGAUUUGCACUCGGAUAUUGAAGGUAGACUUGCCGGCGCCGUUUCAAGCCCACGAAAUGUCGCACCCCUAUGCCAACACUUCAGACCCAGUCGUCUCCAAGUACGGCAACAUCAUCGCGUACUCGCGGCCUUUGGAAGACCAAUCACGCGUGGUUUUGCUCUACCCUAAUCACCACUCGCCACCAUUCCUAUGGCCCGAGGCCAUUGCGGAGAGCCCGCAGUGCUGUACAUCAUUCCCGACGCCAAAUGAUCUGUCUGAGACGUACCUUCUGCAUUGGCAGGUUGGUGGUCCGGUGUUUGGGAGAGAAUCGGAGCUGAUCGCGGACACAAAGAAAUGGGAUCAGGUCACGCAAUACUUGCAGGCACCGGUGCCGAACAACCGCGAAGUUGUGGUUUGCCUGUUGCACGUUUGGAACAAGUGUCAUGGGUGCGUGGAUAUUCCGAGUCCGAUUACGCAAAAGCAGACAUGCACCGAGAACUGGGGUGGCGUGUUUGAGGAUGUGAAGGACCGGUGGUCGGAUCUUGAGAAGCGGAUUGAUGGGCAGGAUUUGGCAACUCGUGAAGCGAUGUUGAAGUUCUGGCCGACAGAGUGA